CCCAUACAUUAUCCAUAUAUGUUUUUAUUUCGUAAGCUGAGAUUCACUCUUGCGCCACAUAAACUUAAAAAGCCACGUAAACAUCAUUACUAUCCACAACUUGAUGUGUGUUAAGUAAGACUAUUUCAAUUUUUUUUUUAAUAUAUAUAUACGGCUCUCUACUCACAUCUAGAGCAUGAGAAACUUUAAAGAAAAAACAAAAAGAACAAAAUUUGUUAUCUCUCUUUCCUCUCAUUUUGACCCUCUUCACUUCUUUUUGAUCCCUAAAUGGAACACGAGAGCAAGAACAAGGUGGAUGGGAUGGAGAUGGAGAAAGGAAAAAAAGAGAGUGGGUCGAGAAAAGGACUUGAGUUAACGAUGAGAGUUUUGGCUUUGGUCCUAACAAUGGUAGCUGCGACAGUACUUGGUGUUGCGAAACAAACAAAGGUUGUGCCUAUAAAGCUUAUUCCUACUUUACCUCCUCUUAAUGUCUCUACAACCGCCAAAGCCUCUUACUUGUCUGCUUUUGUGUACAACAUUUCUGCAAACGCGAUAGCUUGCGGUUACACCGCGAUCUCAAUAGUGAUUGUGAUGAUCAGCAAAGGCAAAAGAAGCAAAAGUUUGUUGAUGGCGGUCUUGAUAGGAGAUCUUAUGAUGGUGGCUUUACUGUUUUCCAGCACUGGAGCCGCCGGAGCAAUCGGGCUAAUGGGUAGGCAUGGGAACAAACAUGUUAUGUGGAAAAAAGUUUGUGGAGUGUUUGGCAAAUUCUGUAACCAAGCUGCUGUUUCUGUUGCUAUCACUCUUAUUGCUUCAGUUGUGUUUAUGCUUCUUGUUGUUCUUGAUGCUUUGAAACUUCCUUAAUCUUAAGUACACGCAACUUUAAACCAGAAAACACAAAAUAAGUUUUUUCUCUUAAUUUGCAUGUUUCUAUUUCUUGUCGUUUUUUGUGUUAUGUAAAGUCAUUAUCAUCAAUUAUGUAGUUGUCUAUUUGUUUGUUUUUUUAAGUUUUAAAUUUCAUUGCCUAUCUAUGGUGAGAAGAUUCAAUUUUGACAA